AAUUUGAAAAGCAGUUUUAAUUUGCAUGAGUUACACACCUACCACAUCAGUGAUGCCCGUGUCAACAAAACCCCUGCCAGAUACCUUAAAAAUGGCACAAAUUACAAUUUUAGCUGGACGCUGAACUCAAAAACACAAGUUGUUGAGGUCCAAGAUGAAAAACAAAUUUCUAAGCCAGUCCAUGAGUUCGUUUCGUUUAAGAACUUGUCAUCUGACAAAUACUCCAACACACCACAAGAUAUCAUAGGAGUAGCUGUCAAGAUAAACCCAACAAAAGUGGUGAACACAGUGUAUGGACAGCGAACCAUACAAGAAAUUUAUCUAAUCGAUGACAGUUGUAGCUUCCACCCGAUAUGUUUAACUCUGUGGGGUGCUUUGGUACAAGAUAUUAGUGAAAAAUUGUCUGAAGUUACUGGAAACAACCCAAUAAUAAUGGGAACAAAGAUGAUUGUUCAAACUAAGAGAGGACUGUCGUUGUCAAGCCGUGAAUCAAGUACAAUCGAAAUCAAUCCUGAUAAUUACGAAGCAACUACUCUUUAUCAAUGGGCUGAAAAUAACAAAGCAGACAUAAAUAAUAUUACUAUUCAAGCACCUACAUCUCAGUAUUCUCCAAAUUCAUCUGCUGCAAAACGAGAAUAUGUUAAGAACAACGAAGUUACCGAUUUGGUAAAGCAAUUAAAGCCAACUCAGAAAGCAUAUUAUUGGAUUGAAGCUGAAAUCAUAUUAAAAAAUAUCAACCAAGAUUUUUAUUACAUGUCGUGUGAUUUUUGUAAUAAGAAACUUAUGUUCUACAACGACAACGAAGAAACAGAUUGUGAAAAUCCAAAAUGCGGAAAAAGAUGUCUUCCUACACCACGUGCAAGGACAUAUGUACAACUCGACGAUGGUACGGAAAUUUGCUAG